UCCAUCCGUGACCACCUCUGUCCGGAUAAAGAUGAAGGAGGCUGGUAUGUACGAGAAGUUCUCAGAUGACUGCCCUCUCCUCAGAGACUUCAAAAAGUACCUGAGGGAGAGCUUGAAGGUUCCCAACUGCCAGCAGGAGGUCGACAACGUGUCGAGGUUCCUGAGGUUUGCGCAGCCAAGUGGGGACGAACCAACUCUGGACUUCUUGACGAGGAGCACAGAGACUCGUGAUUUCCUCACGAGACUGCACAACACGUCAAUGACAGCAGCCACCAUCCUGAACUACAUUAAGAAUAUCAUCCGGUUUAUGGACUACCUCAAGACGAGGCUGGAUCUGGGACAGAGGGAUGCCCAGCUGCGUGAGAAGUGCCAGUCCUUCAAGGAGAUGCUUCAAACCUUAAGGAAGCCCAUCUCCAAGUCUCACUCACAGGAGGUUUGCAAAACCAGAUAUACCAAUUUUGUGGAGGGGUCACGCUCUGUGGCAGAGUGCCAGGAGGUCCUGAGAGUGGCUAACCGUGACUUCCUGAGCGUGUACGGGAGGUUAAUUUCCAACGGCGUGGUCUCAGAAUCUGAGAAGACCAUGUACCGCUACUACUGCGAAGCAAUCAUGGUGUUGCGGCAGUUUCAGCGACCUGGCGCAGUGGAAGGCAUGACUGAGACAGAGUGGGUCAACCGGAAGCACGUGGACGGGCACUGUGUGAUCGGCAUAAGCAAGCACAAGACGGCCACACAGCAGAUCGCCUCAUUCACCCUGAAUCAGGAGGAGGAAGCGUGGUUUCAAGAGUAUUUUGAGAAGAUCCGCCCGACCUACCUGUCUGAGUACUGUGAGAGGUUUUUCAUCGCAUCAAAUGGAAAACCCCAUCCACAGCGUCACGAACGACUUAGGUCGCCUGCACGAAAGCUACAAACUCAAGCCUGUCACCAGCCAGGAGAUCAGGCGAGCCGUGGAGACAGAGGCUGCUGUGGCCUUCACACAGAGCCAGAAGGAGGAUGUCUCGAAUUAUUUAGCUCACACCAGCGAUGUGGCCAAAGCGCACUACAGGAUACGUGUGCCAGAAUCAAUAGCUGCGGUCCAAUCUGAAGGGAGCUGCCCAACUAGGCAGCAUUUUCAGGCAGCAUAGGCGCGCUCCCGAGAAAAGGACUGUCCCAUUCGGAAGGUGGCAUGUGCUGCCUACCUGGGCAGCUGCCUUAUUUUACCCCGAUUCUGAAGGCAGCGUGAGAUGUAUCCUUCACGGCGAAGGCAAUCCCAUGAUGCAUUUCACCAGCUCAGAGUUCCAGCGCUCAGAUUUAAAAACAUGGCGGACGGAGCCGGCAUUGCGAGGGAGUUUCUGUACGAAUGUAAGUAAUUCCCUCCUGUAUUUCCACUCACCGCUGCGUGGGUUUAUCAAACUAGCAUAUUUUAGACUGUUUUAAGUUGUUUUCGCCUGUACUUCCUUUAAUGUAAGACCUGACCGGCGGAAGCUACCGUUAGCUUAUCGCGCUAAUUUACCGGGUAAGCUAACACGCAUCUAGCCGACUUACAGAGUACCAAACGCGGCUGCAGCGCUGAGGAAACCCCCGCUAGGAAACAAAGACACCCUGGCCGUCCAGUGUAAAAAGUUUUAACUGUUUUAAGUCACUGUUACGUAUAACUAAGUGAUUUACUGUGUAAAUAGUGUAACACUGUAGAAUAACCUGUAAUUUAGUGAUUUAAUGCGUAAACAGUUUAAUUGUUAGAGGGAAUAACUAGAUUUACCUGUAACUGAGUGAUUAAUUGUGUAAAUAGUGUAAUUAUGAGCGUGUUCUCCAUAAACCGCUGUUACUAAUUCAGAUUUAUUUU